AUGGCCAUUUUGUCGCAACCGCCGCGAAGCUGGAUGUCGGGCACCCCGCCAAAGCGCAGUUCGCGGCUAUCGGCCGUGCCAAGGAAGCCUGCAAGAGCAGAUGAGCUGCGGCCUUCAAGAAGUCAGAACAGCAGGCCUUCUCGAAUUGAGCCAAGGCGACCCGAACGAGGUCCAGCUGCAAGCCGAGCAGCUGCAAACUUCAGUCCUGCAGAGGAUGAUGGUGGCACUGGAGGUUCCCACAGUACAACCACCAUGGCAACAGAAAAGGCACCUUGUGUUCGCAGCACCAGAUCUCCGGAUGCAAGGCAGGAUUCCUUUCCUUUGCUGAAUGACGAGGCUCGGGAAUGGCUCGAAGAGAAUGCAGAUCGGCUAUCUGAUCAGACACAGAAAUGCUUAAUGAUGCACCAGCAGCUCCAGCAGCUGUUACUGCAGCAGGGCAGCUUGCCAACGAGGAUGGAUGUUGCUCCUUCUGCGCCGGCCGCGCGGGAAGCAGAGGAGAAGAGCCCCGGCAAGCUGUCGCCGAAUGCCUUGGAAGGAGCGCCUUUGGAUCUCCUGAAAGCCGAGCGGCUCUGCUCAGCGCCUUCGGUUGCUGCGCAGAGGAGAGAUGAGCUCAGGUCUGAGAUAGUCGCAGCUGAGCAAGAACUACGUGCGGCUGAGGCGGAAUUCAGGAUAGAGGAAGCUCGAAAUGACAAGUUCGAGCAGGCCGUGGAAGCGGGCGGCGAGGCCGAAAUGCGCCGUCUGGAAGAGAAGGUCGUGCCCAAACCAAGCAGUGCAAUGAAGUGGGAGGCAUCCUUGCUUGAAGUGAUGGCCUUAGCAUAUGGAGCCUUCGAAUCUUCCGUGGAGUGA